GCUCGGGGGCCCCAUUUUAUGGCAAUAAAGCGACUUAGCGCCUGCUGAGCGAGCCCCUCCCCGCCGCCGCCCCCGCCCUCGGCCCCACCCCGGGGCUCGCCCGCAGCGGCGGGGCUUUGUUUCGGGGGAGGAGGACCCGGAGCUCUUUUGUUUGGGGGUUUGGUGUUUUCACCUCCCCCCCACCCCGCUCCCCCCAACCCUCCCCCCCUCCGCGCCUCUCCGGUUUCCUGAGCUGCGGGCUGCAAGGGAGGAGAAGCGGCGUCUUGCAACCCCCUCGGCUGGGCCCCGGGGUAAUUCGAUGCGGGCCUGGCGAGGCUCCCCCCGCUAGACCCGGGCUCGCGUCUCGGCAGCCUCCACCCACCGGCCCACCCUACAUUUAGCGCAUCAUGUGAUCCGGGAUCAAUGUGACUCUGGAAACAAAUGGAUGAAUGAAUAUCCAUAUGAAGAGGAAAACAAUAAAGAAUAUCAACACCUUUGAGAACAGAAUGUUAAUGCUUGAUGGGAUGCCGGCAGUCAGAGUCAAAACAGAGCUUUUGGAAUCUGAACAAGGGUCUCCAAACGUCCACAACUACCCCGAUAUGGAAGCUGUUCCCCUGUUGCUAAAUAAUGUGAAAGGGGAACCCCCAGAGGACCCGUUAUGCGUAGAUCACUUCCAGACACAAACUGAGCCAGUGGACUUGUCCAUCAACAAAGCCAGGACGUCCCCCACAGCCGUUUCUUCCUCCCCCGUUUCCAUGACAGCGUCCGCCUCCUCCCCGUCUUCAACUUCAACCUCUUCGUCGUCUUCUAGUCGUCCAGCCUCAUCCCCAACUGUUAUAACAUCAGUAUCUUCAGCAUCAUCUUCGUCAACGGUAUUAACUCCAGGGCCCCUUGUUGCCUCUGCCUCUGGUGUGGGAGGCCAGCAGUUUUUGCACAUUAUCCAUCCCGUUCCGCCUUCAAGUCCCAUGAAUUUACAGUCUAACAAACUGAGUCACGUUCACCGCAUCCCCGUGGUGGUCCAGUCGGUGCCUGUUGUCUACACAGCUGUGCGGUCACCUGGAAAUGUGAACAACACUAUCGUCGUACCACUUUUGGAGGAUGGGAGAAGCCAUGGCAAAGCACAAAUGGACCCCCGAGGCCUAUCUCCCAGACAAAGUAAAAGUGACAGUGAUGAUGAUGACCUGCCAAAUGUGACCUUAGAUAGCGUUAAUGAAACUGGAUCUACGGCCCUUUCCAUAGCCAGAGCAGUACAAGAGGUACAUCCGUCCCCAGUAUCAAGGGUCCGGGGAAAUCGAAUGAAUAAUCAGAAGUUUGCUUGUUCAAUCUCACCAUUUAGUAUUGAGAGCACAAGACGCCAGAGAAGGUCUGAAUCCCCAGACUCCAGAAAACGGCGUAUCCACAGAUGUGAUUUUGAGGGAUGCAACAAAGUGUACACAAAAAGUUCUCACCUGAAGGCUCAUCGAAGGACACAUACAGGAGAGAAACCCUACAAGUGUACCUGGGAAGGCUGCACCUGGAAAUUCGCUCGUUCGGAUGAACUGACGAGGCAUUACCGCAAACACACGGGAGUGAAGCCAUUCAAGUGCGCAGACUGUGAUCGCAGCUUUUCCCGGUCAGAUCACUUGGCACUGCACCGCCGGAGGCAUAUGCUGGUGUGAGGAAGGCUACCUGUCCAGCUGAGCGUAAGAGCUGGAUCUCUUAGCGGCACCCAAUUCAGCAGGGCUGAAUCCCCUUCACAGUGUUAACACAAAAGGGCAUCACCAUCCCACGAUGUCUGAAAGCAGAGCAGGAAAAAAGAAGUAGUAACACUUCUCCUUUCGGUCUGAAGGUAACCCCCAUCAUGACUACACGAGAAACAACUUCACGCUGGCCUGGGAGAUCGGUGACACAAAUGCUGAAGAGACAGGCAUUGUUUUCCGUGCUGUGUCCUCUGCCAUUUCGAGAUGUUUGUAGUUUGUACAUUUUCUGAGCUGUCAGACGUUUUGUUAUUGAUACUUUAAAGGUCAUCUACCACAAAUUGAUGGCUAGAG